CGCGUGGAACGCGCGUAAAGUCGAGCACGUAGAGAGGAUCAUCAAUUGAAUCUCACGAACUAAAUAAAAAUAAUCAUUAUUAUUUACGCGUAUAUUUUCUCGAGUCCAAUUAAACGUGUGAAAUAUCUGAUCGGUUGAACCGGUCGAGCUUAACCUGGUGUAACGUUGGUACGGUGGAAAAUGCUUUCAUUUAUGAGGACGUGAUGGUAGUGAUGGUUUUACAGACUAAUAAACACACCAACGAAAUUAAAAUAACACGAAAUGCAGGAAUCUCGAAUCGUGUUCUGUGAUCAAACGAAACGGGUCGUUAGACCUUAAAAACACCAAAGAAAAAUGAUAAAACAAUGAGUAUAGCGGACACAGCGCUGUCAAUUUCGAUCAAAAUGGCCCCAGGGCCGGCACAUCGUCAAGAACCGGUAGCACCUGACAAAACUGCUGAAAGCAAGAAUAGUGAGGUCUCUAAUGAAAGAGAUAUUGAAAAUUCAGUGGUAGAUGUUGAGACUGUUAGUAACCAGAGUUCGAGUGCAGAGUGUACUUCAACGAACACUGACACCAAUACAGAUUCGACUAGUCCAAGUGCACCAACUUGUAUUACCUCUGACAGUAAACAGGAAGAACCAGCUACUUUGUCUACAUUAAAUGAGGGUGAAUUACGUGCACUGUUGGAUGAAGCUAUAACUUACAAGUGUCCCAAAGAUCGUGAAGGAAAAUCAAGUCUUUUUAAAGAACUACUGCAAGAAGCAGAAGCUGAUGAAACUGAAGAAGGUCGUAGAAUAGUAACAAAUUCACGUUGCUUACCUGGAUCAAAUCGUAGAAGGCAUAAAAGAGACUCUGUAUCUGAAAGGUUGACACACGGAGGAUCACUACAAAAUUUGGCACAACCUAUUGCUUCAGAAUUUGAUAGUAGUUUUGCUUAUCUAACUUCUGGAUCUAGCCAUACUUACGGAGGAAAUAGAAGAAAGAAUAAAAAAUAUACAGGACCCAGUGUGUCUGCUAGGCAAAGGGAAGGUGGUUCAUUACCCUCGAAUGUUAAUGCAUCACAUAGUCUUGCUUCAUUGGCUAAUUUAGACUUGUUAUUUGAUAAAAAGGUCUUCUGUGAAGAAAGGACAACAUAUGAUUGGACCAAUAAAGAAAAAUCCAAAUCGUUAGACAAACCAUCAUACAUUAGUACAAAAAAGGAGGAAAAAGAAAAAGAUAAAAAAGAUACAAAAAAAGAUUUGUGUGAAACCGAAAUUGAAGUACGUGAGAAAAGAGGUAAUAAAGGAAAACACGGGACAAAUGAAAUGCUUGAAUCAGAUAAUCCACCACCAGAGUAUAAGUCAGAUUACAUGGUGAUUGAUUUAGGUGAUGCUGAGGUGAGUACUAUUAGUGAAAGGAAUGUGGGAUCCACUAUAGGUGGGGUUCAGAGACCUCACUCCUUAGAUACAGAAGAUGAUGAAGGAAUUGAAAUGAAAAUUAUUGAACCACGUAGACCUCAGUAUAUAUCACGCACUACUUUCGAUAUAGCUCAAACUCCUGUGGAUACUGCUAUAGAUUUUUCUCUGCGUGAACAUAGUGGAAAACAAGAUAAAUCAAAAAUAUCUGUUAAUGGUACAGAGGUAACUGGAUCCCUCUCCUUUCAAACUUUUAAUAGUGUGAAAUGUGGUAUUGGUGGAACUGCAAACAGUUCCAGUGCUAGUCAGGGUAAAGUAGUUCCAAGUUUAUGCUCCAUGAUGUCUGCAUCCUUACAAACACAGAAUAUCACAAUGGAAGGCUCCAGGUAUACAGCGCAUACAACUGGAUCUGGAGAAAAGAAAUCUUUGGAUGAAAAUGGGAAUCCAGUGCAAAACUAUAAUGGAGAACGAAAAAAGAUUAAGAAAAAGUCCAACCAAGAACUUAAUGUCAUUACAUAUAAUGCGGAAAACGUUGAAGGUCAUCGUAAUGAAGAUAUCGACAGCUUAAUUAAUUUUAUUGAGAAUAAGGAAUCUAAAAGUAAAAAAGGAAAACCAAGUAAUUCAGUCAGAGUAAAAGCUAGUUCAGGAUCUAAACCAAGGAGUAGAGAAAAGGAUACUAAAAGGGAACAAUUAUCUACCAAGUUACAGAAAUCGAAUUCUCUUGAAGAGAUAUCUAAGACUAAACUCGAAGACCUCACAACAGAAAAAAGUGUUAGUUCCAGUGGUGCCAGCAGUAUAUCGAGUCAACAAGGCACGAUCAAUGUUGCUUUACGCCGUGCGAAAGAAAGAAGCACAGGGGAUGCAGCUAUCGAUAGUCGUGGUGAUAGACGAUCCUGGGGAACAGAAGAAGGUCAGUCUAUAUAUUGCAAUGAUACCGGAGAUGAUUAUGCUAGUCGUCGAAACUCCAAUAAAAAAAUCAAUCCAGAGCCAGAACACGAAACAGAAUUCCUGGUAGUUACGAAAAAGAAGAAGAGUAAAAAACAGAGGAGAAGUUCCAGUGGUAGUAGAGCACAGAAUUUAACAACGUCCGGAUCUUAUCUUCAAAAUUCCAGAGGAUUCUCUAAUGAAUGUAGAACACCGCUUUCUCCUGAACUUAGAAGAAAAUCAGCAAGCAGUAUGCCACCAAGUGAUAAAUCGGACAGUAGUGAUUCAGAUUCUGUCCAUUCAUUACCAGUCACAUCGAACACGUCCAAACAUAAUUUAUCAAAAGUAGCUACCUCAACGGGCGGAACGCCGCAAGCAAGUUACGCGGAUAUUGCUCGUAUGGCAACUAUUAAUAUGACUCACAAUUCAGUGUUGAAUAUGUCUACGAUAGUUCCGAAUAUGUUGAAUACAUCUUCGUGGCCCAGUGUGCCACCUAAAACGCCCUCGGAACCCGACAAGAUUCCUCAAGACUAUUAUCCCAGCUUGGACGAAUUGCAACACUCGGAUAGAAAAACGAGGCAACAUAACUUCACUCAUUCGAAUCAUAUUUUAAAUCUUAGUUUUGAGAAACCACCUUCGCCAACUCUGACGAAGAUGAAAAAUUUAACGGAAAGAAAGAAGGCAGAGAUUCAAGAAGAAGCCAUUAACAAGAAUAUUCAAGUUAUCAAGUAUGUACAAGAUGUUGAAAAAAUGUGUCAAAAUUUAACGCAACAAGAACAAAAAACGGUGAAUUCUAACAAUCAUAGUACAACAACAUCGAACGAGGUUUCGUUAACGAAUCCAGUACCACCGAAGCUCAAUAAUACCGUGACAAAUUGUAACCCCGAUUCUGACAACAAUAACUCUACUUGCAACAGUGUUAAUAGCAAAGAUACGAUUGCGAACAGCAGGUGUAACAAUCCUCGAGCACGUCGUGGUGCAUAUACUCAAAACAAUCAAAAUGUACAAAAUCAAGCAUCGCAUGAAGAUCAACAUUUUAAGAAGACUGGGUAUCCGUAUCACGACGAGAGCACGAAAAAAUUGCAAAACGCUGAAAUUUCCAAUACGCAUUACGAGAAUAAAAAUAAUCCAGCGACUGGGUCAGCUGAUGAAGCUGAAUCGCAAAAAACCAAUAUUCAAAAUAAUCCAAAACCGACGCAAGAAGCGAAUAUCGAUUCGGAUAUCAGCAAGUUAUCAAAAAGUGAAAAACUAAUGAAAACUACAAAGGAACAAAAUGUCAAUGUUAAACACGAAACGAUUAAAUCUGGAAAUACGCAUUCUGUGAGUUCGAAGCAAGAGCAACAAGAAGAUACAGAACCUAAGAAAGUUAAACAACAAAAUGCAACACUGGAUAAAGAUCAGCCACAAAAAGUGGAGUCACAGAUAUCCAAUAAGCAAAAAACUUCGAGACCUGCAGUGAUAUUGUUAGACGAAACAUCAUCUGAUGUCACUAAGAACAGUGAGUUGCCCACGGAACUUAGGUUUGGUUUUGAAAUUAACGAACAACUUUUAUUGUCCGAAGAUUCGACUGUCGAAGGGACUUCGAGUGCCAGUUCUGUGUUUCCUUCUGUAGUUCCACCUCUCAUGAACAAACCACCUUCUAAUUUUGAUAGAUAUCCUCCGAUAUUCGACAAACACGUGAAAUGUGAAAAAUUUACGCCUAAUUUCAUGCAACCUCCGAACACGCAUGUAACGCAACAGCCUAUGCAUCCGGUGAUGGUGCAGCGAUUACCGUGCAUGGGUUAUCCUCCGAGAUUUCCUCCUCCUACGUGUCUACCACCACCACCUACACCUCCACCGGGAAUAAUGGAAAAGUAUCAUCAUCAACCGAAAGAAGAUUUUUCUAUGCUUUAUGUAGCUCCUGAAGAAGACGUUAAUAUACAGACGUACAAUCAUGAUAAGAUCGUCUCAUUUGUUGGCUUAGCAUGGGACGCUGUUAUGAGAGAAAUGCCAGUAACUGCAGGCGGUCGUAUACAGUUCUACAGUGGUCAGUGAAAUGGACACUAAGAAACGUGGGGUAAAUAACACAAUAAUGUUUUUCUACUGCAAAAUUACCUCUAUUGCAAGUUAUCCGUUAUAAAAGUAUAAACAGCUAGAAGAGUCUGCUUACUAAUGCAAGACUAAAAUAUGUAUGUAAAACACAAGCAAAAUGAUCGAACCUGUAUAAAAGAAAAAGUUACAGUAACUUUCAGUCUCGAUCAUCAAUAAAAAAAAAAAGCUGUACUAAUUAUUGAGUCAAAUCGUCGGUGAUAAUUCUGUAAAGCCAACUGGCGCGCAAGAUGUGCCUCUAAAGCUAAUGUACAUAAUAGUCAAUCACCAGAAAAAGACAAGGCUUAUGAAUUGUGUAUGUCCUGACUGUACAUACAUUAUCGAGGAGUUACAGAAUAUCUCUGAAAAGGUUGUAAUGUAACGCUGAAGUUUCAGUAUUGACAUCAGAUACGAUAUUUGACUGAAAAAAGAAAAAAAAAAAAGAAAAACAAGUUAGUAAAUGCGCAAAAACGUAUUUCGCUCUUUCGAAACACGAACAGAAAAAUUUCCUUGUAAAAAGUGUGAAAAUUCGUAUAGUCGUAAAAUGCCUCGUAUAAGUUUUGAACAGAAGCAAAAGAAACGCCUUUCGGAUCGGUUACGAGAAAGUGGUGUACGAUUUUGAGAUGAAAAAUAUAAAAAAAGCUAUUUAAGAAAAAAGUUAAAGAAAAUUAACCGAAACAAGAUCGCCACGAAGCAGAUUUUUCAAGAACUGCAUGUGCUGUGACAGUGGUUUAUGCUGAUGCCUUUAAAAAAAAAGUAACAAAUACAUCUUAGACCAUUGUAAUAAAGUUUACAGAUAGUUGAAUGAAACCCAUUAUGUUAACUAUGCCAAAUUGAGAUCGUCCGUCAGAAAUAUUGCUAAACUACUAACAAUUAUCUUGAGAUAUAGUUGCGAGCUGAGAUGAUCUUAAAGAAAAACAACACCUUGAGAAAAAAUAACAGGGGGAUUGUUACAGCGGUCAGUGAGAGUCUUCGAGGAAAAAGAAACUUUAGAAUGGUUAAAAAUGAAAAUAGUGGUUGCUAGAUUACAUGUACUUUAUUUAAGACAAGUAUAAAAGAAAAAGUAAAAAAAGCUAUAAAGAUGUGUGAAGUGUAAUGAAUAAUGGUGAAUGUAAGUGUGUCAUUGAACACGUGUAAAAUAUUAAAAAGAAAAAAAAUAGUGUGAUUGACUUAUAACUUUAUGGAGUGGUUACUUCUUCCAGCCACGACAGAUAGUUUAAGAAAAUUUAAAAAUGGGGGAAAAGUAAAAAACGAAAGAAUCGUAAAAAAAACUGAUUUUUUGCAAAUGUUGCGCUCAAGGUCAUAAACUGGAUGGAGACAGUGAGAAAAGUGCGAAUGUGUCGAAACAAAAAAAAAAAACAAAACAAAAACGCUGAAUUUUUACACAGACUCGCUUAUUUAACGAAUAAUUAAUUAUUAAUUAUUGGUAAUGAUAAUUAUAAUAAAGUACUUGCUUGUGAUCAUAAAGUAUGAUGGUGUGAAUGCGCGUAGUUCAUGUAGAUACUCUACUAGCCGAUGUCCAGUUUGGUUUUUCGAACAUUUCUGUUUUGAAUUCGUUUGAAAUUUUUCAUGGAAUUGUGUUAUCCUUCUGAAUCGGGCGAAAAAGAAAGUAACUAAUACACUUUGUGGUUGUUAUUGAUCUACAGUAAGACAAAAAAAGCUUAUACGAGUAGUUAAUCAAAAAAGAAAAAAAAAGCAGAAAAAACGGAUUUAACAUGAUUCCUUUCACGACGAUUCUAUUCGUUCCAUAGGAAGCCUACCUCCAACAUAUUUUAUUUUUCGAUAAGUAAACUAAAAAGAAAAGUUAGCAAAACAGAAAUGAAUUUACAUUAUACUUUUUAAUUCGAAUGCAAAUAUCACGCAUC